AUGCUGACUGCGAAAGCAAGUGAGGCUAACGAAGGGAAGCCUCUACCGCUGCAUCAAAAGGCUCUAUGUGGUCUGACAGCUGGUGCAAUUGGUGCUUGCGUUGGUAGUCCAGCCGAUUUAGCGCUUAUCAGAAUGCAAGCGGACAACACUCUGCCGUUAGCUCAGCGCAGGAACUAUACCAGUGCCUUCCAUGCGCUUUACCGUAUUAGCGCCGAUGAAGGAGUUUUGGCUCUGUGGAAAGGUUGUGGGCCAACUGUGGUCAGAGCUAUGGCUUUGAACAUGGGGAUGCUUGCAUCGUAUGAUCAAAGUGCUGAAUACAUGAGAGACAAUCUUGGUUUGGGGGAGACAUCUACGGUCGUAGGAGCAAGUGCUGUUUCGGGUUUCUUCGCUGCGGCUUGCAGUCUGCCAUUCGACUAUGUCAAAACUCAGAUCCAGAAAAUGCAACCGGACGCUCACGGUAAAUAUCCAUACUCGGGUUCGCUCGACUGUGUGAUCCAAACCUUUAAAGCAGGAGGUCCAUUCAAAUUCUACACUGGUUUCCCUGUUUACUGCGUCAGGAUCGCUCCUCACGUCAUGAUGACAUGGAUCUUCCUGAACCAGAUUACAAAGUUUCAAAAGACCAUUGGGAUGUGA